CAGCUCCGCUGCCUAGCCCGAUCCUCCUCGCCAUGUGCUGGGCGGUGGCCGCGGGGACGGCGGCAGGAGCAAAAAUUCUUCCAUCUCCAUCCAACUUGACCUAUUCAUUUAUCCAUAUCUGUACUGUGAACUGGACAUGGAACCCACCAGAGAACGUCAGCAGUAGCUGCAACCUGAAGUAUUCCAGUGACAUUGUCGUUAAUGGGGUUCCUAAGGACAAAAAAGAAUGGAGUAAGAGCCACUUCCGUGUGACAGAUGCACACUUGAAUGAGGAAAUGCGCCUCAGAGUGAGAAGUGAAUGUACGAAUGACAGCACCAGUGAGCCCAGCCCCUGGGUGGAGACCUCCCUUCUGCCUAAAGGUAUUCCGGGUACUGCUGCUGUUGACUUGAGCUGUGUUUGGCACAAUUUGGAGUACAUGGCUUGUACCUGGCGUCCUGGGGAGAACACAAGCAGUGACACCAACUACACUUUGUCCUACUGGUAUGAUGGUUUGGAAAACCCUAAGAAGUGUAGCAACUCCUCUGUAGACCAAGGAAUCUUUGAAUGCAUUUUCAAUUUUACCUUCUCAAAAGUCACCAGUAAUUACCCUGCUAUAAGUAUUUUGAUCAGCGAUGAUUCUGAAGAAAUUAGGCCUGUGUGUGCAAGUAAAAAUCCUACCACCCUUGUAAAACCUGCCACACCAAGACUAUUAACAGUGUCAAAGACUAAUGAUGUAAUUGAUGUAAAAUGGAGUGAAUCAGAAACUUUUCCAAAAGGCUGUUUACACUAUGAAGUUAAAUGUUACAAAGGUGAUUUGGGCAUUGAUCUAAUAAUUGAAUCUGAAACGAAUUCUGUGUCAAUUCCUGGAGUUGAUCCUAAUAACAAAUACACCUUCAAAGUGAGAGCAAAACUAAAGCGUGUGUGUUACAACAGUGAUCUCCAUAGUGACUGGAGUGAAGAAAAGAGCAUUGGUGAGAAGAGGGACUCUACAACCUACUUUGUUCUAAUAAUUACCAUUCCAUUAAUCGUAGCAGUAUCUACAGUAAUCCUACUAGUUUAUCUAAAAAGGCUGAAGAUAUUAAUUCUUCCACCAAUUCCGGACCCUAGAGAAAUUCUGAAGCGCAUGUUUGGAGAGCAGAACGAGGAUUCCCAGAGCUCUGCAAAGGACGAUCCCUUGAAUGCUUUUGACAGGUUAAUUAUGGAAGAAGAAAUUCAUUCUUUAAUUUUAACAGAAACUUCAGAGAGCACUAAGUCUGAAAAAGAAAACAGGUAGACUCUACUUUAUCAAUGAAAGAGGAAGAAGCUGAUUCCUGCUCCCCUACCUCAGGUGACUGUAGAUACGAAGAGGCCUGUGAAGCAUUGGCCAGCUCUGACCCCACUGGCUUUCUCUGGUGCACAGAAGACACAUCCCUAACAGUGGCUGUUCUUCCAUCUCUGCCAGAAAUACUCAUCAGAGUUCAGUCAAGAUGAGCAUGUAUAUUCCAUGCCACUGCACUGUGGAUUCCCUGUCCUGGCUUCAGCCAGCUCUGCCCAGUUACUCAUCACUUCACUUGUGUUUGUGCCUCACACCAGACUGUUGGUUUUUUUUGUUUUGGUUUGUUUUUUUUUUUGAGCUAGCACUGUGACUUUUCUGAAGUAUUUGGCUCUAUUUGCAGUAGGUGGGAUGAGUCUGGUUUGCAGUAGGUGGAUCAUUAGUGCUACCACCUGCUGCCAGGUGGGAUGGCAGAGCAUGGACUGUUUGUGGAUAACCCUUUGUGUGUAUGCCUGGGCUGGGUACUCUAUGGAGGGCACUUAUGGACUGGAUUUCUUGUACUUCUGCCCAUCAGCUAGAGCCUGGUCAAAUCUCACCAAAGAGAGUAUUUUUUAAUUUGAAAAUGUGUAUGAAAAGCCUCUCUGCUCUCCAGCUGGUGUUCAGAAUAUUCAUAGAAAAGGCUUAGUUUUGUUACCCUGUCAAUUGCCUGUCCUCAGAUGCCUCGCCUUCAUGGACUUCUUGGGUUAAUUAUACUUCGUUUAAAAUGAGAAAUAGAAUAUUUUUUUAUUUGUUCUGUGCAGUAGCAGAUAACUGUAUUGAGUCUCACCAGACUGUGAUUCUACUUCGGCCAUAUUGGCCUAAAGGCACCUAAUUUUUAGUAGCUAAGUCGUCCUGAGUCUGUCCAGCAAAAAUACCACGAUGGAUGCAUGAGUCUAAGAAGCCGUGGUCAAACUGAUUAGCAAAUAUUAAACCACUGAACCCCUACUAAUUCAAAGGCGUCAAGACCCAUCCUUACUGCUAAACUGAUGGAUUUGGGGAAGAGGGGAGAACAAUCUUGGCCUCUUUUCUAAGGAAUAAGUUUUAUUCUUUCUAUAGUGAUGAGACUCUGAUUUGAACUUCCCGUCUAGGACUUAGCAGUAUAAAACAAGGUGCUGAUUUAACUUUUUAAAAAAGCUU